UUGUACCCAAUCCUUCUGUUUUUUAUUUUAUUUUAAGACAUACUAAUAAAUAUCGAUUCAUUCGAUAUAGUACAACAAACGUCUUUAUUAGGUGGGAGACUUAGACGUCGUGCUCCCGCCAACUCACCCAGACAAAAGAUCAUCGAUGGGGAACUGCAUAAUGUUGAUAGAACUCUGCCAUUAAAUUAGCUUGAGGAGAAGAGUCAUGUGAUACUGAUAGAACACUUGGACAGAGUUUGUAUAACACCCCGACCGCCCAUAGCUAAUGGGCCAUCCACACCUGCUCUCUCGGUCCGUAGAUCCCAUCUCGUUUCAGCGAUCGGUCCGUUAAUUUUUUCCAAAGGCUAAAAUCAUUGUUUACUGACUCUGCAAUCACCACUCAAUUUUUUCCCGUGCUUUGGCAUCACUUGCACGGUAUCGCGAAUCACUUCCCGAUACGUCACCUAUCUUUCACUACUCCUUCCCAAACACGCUUAACUCUAGAGUUUUAAACGGAUGUGUGACGGAAAAGGUAAGUCAAUUUUGGUGAUAUACGUAGCCAAAUCAAUUCUCUUAAGCCUUUCUACAUAUUACAACUUGGGAUGUUACAAUUCACCCCCUCUCAAAGAACGCAAUGUCUGCACCCUACGAUAUGUCUCAAGACGCCUCUCAAGUCAGAACUGAGAUAGCUAACCAGCUCUGAUACCACUUAUAACGUCCCGACCGCCCACAACUAAUGGACCAUCCACGUCCGCUCUCUCGGCCCAUGGACCCCAUUCCGUUCCAGCGAUCGGUCUGUUAAUUUUUUCCAAAGCCUGAAAUCAUUGUUUACUUAUCCUACAAUCACCACCCGACCUUUUUCCGUGUUUUGGCCUUACUUGUACAGUAUCACGAACCACUUCCCGAUAGGUCACCUAUCCUUUCACUACUUAAGCCCAAGCAUGCUUAACUCUAAGGUUCUAAACGGAUGUGUGACGGAAAAUGUAAGUCAACUUUGGUAAUAUAGGUACUCAAAUCAAUUCUCUUAAGCCUUUUUAUAUAUCACAACGCGGGAUAUUAUAGUUUGGUUGCAGGUUUUGCAGAGACGUCUAGUAGAGCAGAAAUAAUUAUUGUUGCAAACAAGAGUAGUUUGCGUAGCAAGAAAGGAGGGAAUCUGGCUGGUUUCCUUUUCUUUUUUUGGUUUAGCACUCAAAAUUAGUUUCAUGAUGCAAUGUUCUAUUAAAAAACUCUAAAACAAGUUGCACUUAAUGCACAUACAGCUUUUUUAUGAAUAAAUUGAACAUUCAUCUUAAAAUUAAAUCAAGUGGACUCCAAAGAAAAGUUGUUAGAAAUCUGGUUUAGUGUCUAAGUCUUGUGAUCUAGAACAACUUUUCUCAGUGGAGAAAUCUCACAGAAAGUUGAUUGAAUAGACUGAUUAGUACAAUGAACCAGUCCGUGUUAUAGUAGCUUUUAGAAACCUUCUAUAUAUUUGGCGAAAUAAGUCAUUAAGCCAAGGAAGGAAAAAAAUCAGCCAUGUGUAUGAUCUUCUAGUCGUGAAGACUCAAGGUUAACUAUAGUUAUGCUUGCUAUGUAUCAAGUUCUUUCUCUUGUGGCUAUGUCGUGUUCAGACUCGGUAUUUUCAAGAUAGUUCUGUUGUUAGCAAAAGGAUUGGAGAAUUUAAGUUGGUUGCAUAAAACAUUUGUUGUGUUAAAGUAAUUCCUAAUGGAGAUGUGAUAAAACGGAGUAGCCUAAUAACAACUGAUCAGUUGGUCAAAUCUGACUGAUGCGAUCGAGUGUGUCUUGAAAAGUACAAGUUUUUUGAAGGGUCUUUUGGAUUUACAAGAUUGUUUGGCAUAGCUAUAAGAUGAAGGAAAACAUUCAUUUGAGUGAUAUAGACUGAAACUGCUUUACAAGUGACUGUCUUUGGAACUUGGUUUAUCAUCAUGUGGAGUUAUUGAUGUGCAAGAAUGUGAUUGUGAACCAAGUUCUGGCGUUUCCUCAUUGUCUUUGCCUCGAUACUACAAUAUCUGGUGUUUCCUCAUUGUCUUUGCCUGCAAUUUUAUCUUAGUAGAUUUAUAAGUUUAGAAGUAUCUACUAAACACAAGAAAACAACAUUUCUAAACUUCAGUGACAAAUAAUUUAUACUUUUAUAUUCAUUGAAGUUGUUAGUGAUAAAGAAGUGAAACAGGUGUUGGUUGAUGUAUCCACCGUAAACGCUGCAAACUAGUUGUUGUCACGUAGUCUUUACCAUUUUUCUUGUAGACAUAAAUAAAGGUCUUCGAUCUACCAUUUCAUAUUUUCGUGAAAUAAAUUUGUACGGUUGGUGCGUAUAAUACGACGGGUGUUAGUGUGAGAUACUUUUCUUCAACUACUUGUCUUUAUUUAUAGUAAUAUAUGUGAGUUUAUAUAUAUAUAAAACAUAUAUAUAGCUGACCACAAAAACCUUUUAUAAUCAUACUAUAUUUAAUAAAAUUAUAUUUUCAAUUAUUUUAAUGCUGUACGUAUUUGUAUUUUUGUAUCAGCGAAUACAAUACAACCGACAUUUCAAUACAAUGAGUAAUUUAUGGAAAUCAUACUUUUAAGCAAAGUAAAUUUUAGAAAAUUAGAUACCGUAAAAUAUGAAAUAAAUUACCUAAAAAAUAUGGUAGUAUUUCUAUCCUUAAUUAUUAGUUGGAGCCGAAAAAUUUAAUAAUAGAAAUACAAACAAAAAUUGUCAGAUAUGAUACAAUCGUACGUGAAUUUUCAUAAGACAUGUAAAAUUAUCAGUUAUAAAAUGGUAUGUAUUAUAUUUUAUAGUUUGUAAUAUUUAUCAAACAUAAAAAUGAGAUAUAGAUAAGAAAAUAAUAAAUCAAAGACCAUAUCAUUUUUUCUCAUCUUGAUGUGUAGAUUUUUUAUAUGUUUCCUUCUUACCAUAGAAGUGGUCAGAGAGUUACCAAAUUUGCAUUCAAUCAAGUCAAUAGUUUCGAUCUUCUUAUUUAAAAUAUGAUCAUUCAGGAUAUAUACAAACAUUAACAUAGGAUAUAUAUAAACAUUAAGAUAGCAGAUAAUCUCAUUUGUUUUGACUAUGAAUAUUUUCUCCAUUUUAUACUGUUUUAUCAAAAUUAUUAAUAGAGCAGUUUCUCCCUUCUGAACAAACACUUUCUUUCUUUUCGAGUAGUCCACACACAAUACUCUCUUUCUCUAUCUCUCUGAGUAGUCAGUUUCACUCUUCCCGACGAAAAUGACCAGCUCUCAUAUUUUCCUCCUCUGUCUCCUCCUCUCCCUCCUCAAUUUCGCCGCUUCUCAGGACGAUGCGACGAUCAUGCAAUCCAUCAAAUCCUACCUGAAUCUCACAUCAGACGUCCACUGGUCGGACCCUGACCCUUGCAAAUGGGACGGCAUCAUAUGCGGCGAAAGCAACCGCAUCAUAAGGAUCCUGCUCACAGGGAAAGAUAUCGUCGGGACUUUCCCUCAGGAUCUCGGGAAACUAUCUGAUCUCGUCAUGGUUGAUCUGCAUGGCAACGGCUUUACCGGUCUGAUCCCUGAUCUCUCCGGUUUACAGAAUCUGGUAUUGUUCAAUGUAGAACAUAAUAAGCUCACUGGUGUCGUCCCACCAUCGUUUACCGGUCUCAAAUCGCUCAUAGACGUGAAUUUAAAUAAUAACUUCUUUCAAGGACCGACUCCGUUGUUCGAGAACUCAGAUGUUUUAGAUCCAGUCAGCGGGAAUAGCUUCUGUCUGGAUACUCCUGGUACUCCGUGUGAUCCACGUGUCGAGACCUUGCUAUCUAUAGCUGAGUCCUUUGGAUAUCCGGUGAAGCUAGCCACGGCCUGGAGAGGGAAUGAUCCGUGUGAUAGCUGGCCCGGGAUUACUUGUUCCGGAAGUGAUGUUACAGUGGUUAACCUACGGAGGUUUGAGCUCACGGGUACGAUAUCUCCGAGUUUUGCUAAGCUUACUUCUUUGGAAACAAUCGAUCUUUCUAAUAACAACCUCACCGGGAGUAUACCGACAGAGCUUACCACUUUGCCUAUGCUUAGGACACUAAAUGUGUCUAUCAACAAUAUCAACGGUGCUGUGCCGACGUUCAGCGCAAGUGUGAACGUGGUGACUAGUGGUAACGCUAACAUCGGAAAGGAUGGACCUGUCCCACACCCACUGGUGGAACUCUUGCAAAAAAUGAAUAAAGAUUAAAAAAAUUUGAGAAUCCAUUUUAAAGUUAAAUGAAAUUAAUAAAGGAAAUUGAAUUUUUUUGACUAGGUGUA